AUGCAUCUGUUUGAGGUCUCCAUUGUCAUUGGAACAGAAAGUGAUGGGAAAUCUUCCAAUGCGCACGCCUGUCUAGGAUUCCCCACUCACAGCUCUGACUUCCUGCUGAUACGCGUGAAAGAGGAAGACGACCCGCGGGUGGAAGGCACCUCCUUGCUCCCCGAAUUCCAGCAUCCCUCUGUGUCCUGUGCCUCCUCCAUGCACUCAAGUUGGAACACCAGGACCCCUUGGUUGCCCCAAUACACCUGGCAUCGUAAAAUCUUGUGUCUUGGUUUCAGAUGGCCCGUGGGCCAGUACUUUGAGACCCCUAAACUAGAGCUAGAUUGCAUGAACUCUGAAGACUCAGCGAUGGUGGACUUCCAUGAUACGCCGACCAUUAAGAAAGAACACAUAUCGCCAUCAAAGCUCCGCGCCAGAACUCAUGGCAGGUCAAGGAGGAUAACAAAGACAAGUGCUUGUGUUAAUGAGGUACUCAGACCGAUGAAAAAAGGUGGACAGCUGGUUGGUGUCUCUUUGACGAACGUUGUUGAUGGUCUAUCCCAGAAGAAGUUCUCAAUGAAGAGGAAUUCAGCUUCCGUCGUUCUCGAACGCCUUAAGAAUCAUGAUAUUAAUCUGCGAAGAUCGGAUUCGUUAUAUCCCUGCAAGAUGUGCAAGAAAGCCUUUCCCAGCCGUUACCGUCUACGGAGCCACGCGCGGGUUCACUCCGCGGAAAAGCCGUUCCUCUGCCAGGACUGCGGUAAGGGUUUCUCUCGAGGGGACUACCUGAAAUCCCACCGCCGGUUACACACCGAAGAAAACCCUUACAAAUGUCCAGAAUGCACCAGCCAUUUUCCCGACAAACUGACCCUGAAACGGCACCGCCAGGAGCAUCACAACCGGCUGGACCGCAGGCUGAAGGAGGUGAAACUGCUUCUCCAGCAAGACCCCUCCUGCCCUUUACCUGUGCUGGCCACCAACAACUGCCAUGUGUGUGAUGUGUGCAAGAAGAGCUUCACCAAAUCGUACAACCUGAAGGUCCACCAGAGGAUUCACUCCGGAGAGAAGCCUUACCAGUGUCCAAAGUGCAGCAAGUGUUUCUCGCAGAACAUCCGGCUGAAGAUUCACCAGACCACGCACGAGGAGUGGGCGCACGAGGCCGGCCGCUUCCGGAGAGCCAAGCCCACCUCCCAGCCGCAAAAGGUCCACAAGUGUGAGAUGUGCGAGAAGAGCUUUAGCAAGUCCUACAGCCUGAAGGUCCACCUCAGAGUCCACUCAGGAGAAAAGCCUUACCAGUGCGACGAAUGCCACAAAGCCUUCUCCAAGAACAACCUGCUGACCGUACACAAGCGCAUUCACAGCGGAGAGCGCCCUUACCAGUGUCCGGAGUGCCCCAAGAGCUUCAGUGUCACGUCCCACCUCCGCGUCCACAAGAGGACUCACUCCGGAGAGCGGCCUUACCAGUGCACCGAGUGCGCCAAGAGCUUUAGCGACUACUCCUCGAUGGUGCGCCAUCGGCGCAUCCACUCGGGUGCCAAGCCCUACCUCUGCACUGUCUGCAGCAAGACCUUCCGGGAGAAGUCCCACCUCACCGUGCACAGACGAAUUCACACCGGCGAGCGGCCUUACAAGUGCAGCCAGUGCGAGCGGGCAUUCAGCGACUGCUCCUCUUUCGUCGAGCACCGGAGAAGCCACCUGGGGGCCAGGCCGUACAAGUGCGAGGUGUGCGAGAAAAGCUUCACCAAGGCCUACACGCUGAAGAUCCACCUCCGGGGUCACAGCGGGGAGCGACCUUACAAAUGUAGCCGCUGUCCGCGCAGCUUCAGCAUCAACUAUCAGCUGAAGGUCCACGUGAAGACACACGAGGUCAGCGAGCAGACCGUCCCUCCGCCUGUUGUAACGGGCGUCAUUCUUGUAGAGCAGUAG